AUGAAUGUGAAAACCGCGCUCAUCCUCCUCGUUCUGGCUUUAGCCACGAUACUGGCUUUAGUCUGUGUGUUGCUGACCAGAGGAAGGGCCCCGAGCACCUGCCAGCACCAGCCCCCGGAGCAGGAGGACACCGAUGACGGCCAGAGCCUCGUCUUUCACCGGGACGUCACGGUGCAGAAGUACGGGGGGAAGGUGCCGUACCCCCGCAGACCCGUUACUGGCAAGGAGUACACGGAUAUCAACGCCCUCAUCCAGCGGGAGCUGAGGAAGGCACCACGCUUCCUUGCCGUGUGCUGUGAGUCCAAUGGGACAGACCUGGCCAUCCUCACAACAGCCCCACGGGGCUUCAAGUCUGGCGACCGCGCGACCUGGUUUGUCCUCUUCCACAGUGUGGCCCUCCGCGCCUCCCGAUGGCAGCUGCGCAAAGUAUUCUACAACGGCCAGUAUUUUGACAGCACACAGGACCUGGAACAUGCGUUUGAAGACAACUUGGUUGAGGUCAUCAGGAUUGAGAAGCCCCAGGCUGAAGCGGUGCUGGGCUCGAUGAGACCCCAGAGCCCUCCUGGCACCCCAGGUCCUCUGCAGUAUGAGCCCCAGGGUCCCCGCUACAGCGUUAGGCUCAACCGUGUCACCUUCCAGGGCUGGAGCAUCGCCUUCGGCAUGAACCCCAACUCUGGCCCACGCCUCUUCCAUCAGGUAGACAUCAGGUACCGUGGGGAGCGAAUUGUCUACGAGCUCAGUCUCCAGGAAGCCUUAGCCCUGUAUGGCUCCAACUGCCCUGGGGGCAUGUCGACCCGCUACCUCGAUGGGAGCUUUGGCAUCGGCAGGUUUGCCUACGAGCUUGUCCGGGGCCUCGACUGCCCCUACACGGCAACUUAUGUGGACUGGCACUACCUGGCUGAGUCAGAUACCCCCAAAACCAACCAAAACUCGCUCUGCAUUUUUGAGCAUGAUGCUGCCCUCCCCUUGCGGCGCCACUUCUCUGACUCAUAUUCCUUUUAUUACGGUGGGCUGAGGAAAACCACGCUAGUGAUUCGUGCUGUCUCCACUCUCAUCAACUACGACUACAUCUGGGACUUUAUGUUCCACGGCAGCGGGGCCGUGGAGGUCCGGGUGCACGCCACCGGCUACAUCAGCUCCUCCUUCCUCCAUGGCCAAGGCACCAUUGGGCCGCACACACUGGGGACGAUGCACCUCCACCACAUCCACUACAAGGUGGACCUGGAUGUUGACGGGCAGCGGAACUCCCUGGAGACCCAGGACAUGGAGUAUGAGCUCGUGAAGGAUCCCUGGAGCGCACAGAACACCAUCGAGCGGCCGUACCUCCACAGGGAAAGGCUGGAGAGGGAGGACGAGGCGGCGUUCCGACUCAACGGCGAC